AUGUCAACUUCCCCUUUGCAGAAGACCCGCGAGUGGAAACCCUUAGAGCAGAGGAAGUGCACAGAUAUCCCAUGGCUGCUCCUGUUCAUCCUCUUCAAUGUCGGCAUGCUCUGCAUCUGUGGCUUUGCCAUUGCGACAGGGGCCGCGUCCAGACUCAUAUCAGGGUACGACAGCUACGGGAACACCUGCGGUCAGAAGAACGCCAAAAUCCCAGGAAUAGAGCUCAGCGGCCGCGACCACGCCUCCAGAAAGUAUGUGUUUUUCCUGGACCCCUGUAACAUCGACAUACUGAGAAGAAAGAUUAAAUCUGUGGCUCUGUGCGUCUCGAAGUGUCCAGACACCGAGCUGAAGACUUAUGAGGAUCUCAGAAAUUUCUCUGCAGUUUACGGAUCUGAUUUGUGCUCCUACGAUGUACAACCGGACACGUAUUCCACUCACUCUAAUAGGGCUACAAAAUGUCCAACACUUCCUGUCCAUCCAAGUGCAUCCUUACCAGUGUUUCACCGCUGUAUGCCAGUGGACAUUUCCUGCUACGCCAGGUUUGCGGAGGCCUUCAUCACUUUCGUCAGUGACAACAGUGUGGUGCACCGGGUCAUCGCUGGAGUGAUGACAUCCAAAGAGAUCAUCAUGGGCCUGUGUCUGCUCGCUCUCGUUCUGUCUCUGAUCCUGAUGGUUGUGAUCCGCUACAUCUCCGUGGUUCUGGUCUGGAUUCUCACAGCCGUUGUGGUGGUCGGGUCAAUUGGUGGGACGGGGAUCUUGUGGUGGCUGUAUGUGGAUCACAGUAAAUCUGUGAACGCCACUCUGCCGGCUCUGGAACUGGAGGUGGCCAAAGACAAUCAGAAAGCCCUGCUCAUCUACGCCAUCGCUGCCACCGUCUUCACUGUGAUUCUGCUGCUGCUGCUGUUCUUCAUGAGGAAGCGAGUGGCGCUCACCGUCGCUCUGUUUCACGUGGCCAGUAAAGUGUUCACCCAUCUGCCUCUGCUGGCCCUGCAGCCCUUCUGGACCUUCCUCACGCUCAUGCUCUUCUGGGUUUACUGGAUCACCGUGCUCCUCUUCCUCGGAUCCGCAGGAAGUCCAGUGCAGAAUAACCAGACGGGUCUGGUGGAGUUCCGGAUGGACGGGCCGCUGCAGUACAUGGUGUGGUACCACGCCGUCGGCCUCAUCUGGAUCAGUGAGUUCAUCCUCGCCUGUCAGCAGAUGACUGUAGCCGGAGCGGUCGUCACUUACUACUUCACCAGAGAUAAGUCUCAGAUGCCCUUCACGCCCAUCGUGUCGUCUGUGCUGCGUCUGAUGCGCUAUCAUCUGGGCACCGUGGUUAAAGGAGCCUUCAUCAUCACUCUAGUGGAGAUUCCCCGCCUCAUCCUCACCUACAUCCACAGUCAGCUCAAAGGAAGAGAAAACGCCUGUGCGCGCUGCAUGCUGAAGGCGUGUAUCUGCUGUCUGUGGUGUCUAGAAAAGUGCCUCACUUACCUGAACACGAACGCUUAUACGGCAACGGCCAUCAACAGCACCAACUUCUGCACGUCUGCGCGAGACGCUUUCUUCAUCCUCGUGGAAAACGCUCUCCGUGUGGCAGCUAUCAACAGUGUCGGGGACUUUGUGCUGUUUUUAGGAAAGGUGUUGAUCGUGUCAUGUACGGCGUUUGCAGGCAUCCUGUCGCUGAACUAUCAGCGUGAAUACACCGUCUGGGUGCUGCCGCUCAUCAUCGUGUGUGUCUUCUCCUUCCUGGUGGCCCACUGCUUCCUCUCCAUUUUUGAGAUCGUAGUAGACGUUCUCUUCCUCUGCUUCGCCAUCGACACCAAGUACAACGACGGCAGCCCGGGCAGAGAGUACUACAUGGACAAGGCUCUUAUGGAGUUUGUAGAAAACACCAGGAAAGACACGGAGCGUUAUGGCAAAGUAGAAGCAGAGAGUCGGGAAAUGAAAUCCAUGUUUGAUAUUGCACACGUUGUAAGCCCAUCUUAA